CUGAGCCGCAGGUAGGGCAGCCGCCCGCCCGAUCGCAUCGCGUUCUGCCCGCGGCGGAGUCUCCGCGCCCCGGCGCUGGCCGAUGGAUCCCGAGGCGGCGGCGGGGGACGAGCUGUCCCGCUUGCGCGCCCUCUUCCUGGCGUGCGACGCCAGCGGCUCGGGCCGCAUCGAGCGGGAGGACUUCGCUGCUCUCUGCGCCGAGCUGCGGGUGCGGCCGGCCGAGGCCGAGGCCAUCUUCCAGCGCCUCGACAGCGACCGUGACGGGGCCAUCACCUUCCCGGAGUUCGCCCGUGGCUUCCGCGGCGCCACGCGGGCGCAGCCCGGUGGCAGCGAGCCGAGGGGCGAGGACACGGAGGAGGAGGAGGUGUCGGCGGCUUGGGUCGCCGCGGGGCUGGAACAACCCUGGAAGGACUUCGAGGUGCGGCUGGGGGACGAGGCGAGGUACAUCCCCAGACAAGAGCAGGUCAGUGUUCUCUAUCAGAACAUACACAUAGCAGAACCAAGAUUAAUCCAGCCAUAUGAGCAUGUCAUUAAGAACUUCAUCCAAGAGAUCAAGCUUCAAAGCAUAGAGAUGGAAACUCUGGCUGUAGCAGUAAAAAGAGCUCAGGACAAAGCAGCAGUUCAACUCAGUGAGUUAGAGGAAGAGAUGGAACUACGAAUACAGGCUGCAGAACAUAAAGUUAAAAAGGAAGAGAAGAAAAAAGCUGAAGAAGCACUGAAUGAGCUGAAGCGCCAGUAUGACGCUGAAGUUGGGGAUCUUCAGGUGACAAUAAAAAAACUUAAAAUGCUGGAGGAGCAAUCCAAAAAUGUCAAUCACAAGGAAGAUGUAGUUGAACUGAAAAAGAGAAUGCAUGAUAUGUCACUGGAAAAUCAGAGACUUAAGAAAGAUCUUUUAGAAGCGCAGACAAAUAUUGCUUUUCUACGGAGUGAAUUGGAUACCUUGAAGAGCGAGUAUGCAGAUCAGUCUUUGAACACUGAGAGGGAUCUAGAAAUUAUCCGAGAGUAUACUGAAGACAGGGAUAAUCUGGAAAGACAAAUUGAAAUACUUCAAUCAGCUAAUAGAAAAUUACAUGACAGCAAUGAUGGUUUAAGAAGUGCACUUGAAAACAGCUUCAGCAAGUUCAACCGAUCAUUGCGGUUAGCAAAUACCUCACCAGGAAGUACCAUUUCUAGAAGCAGUCCUAAAUUUAAUGGUGAACAUUCUCCCUUAAACCCACGGUAUGACAGGUCGUCUCAUUCGUCUUGUGUCGAUGAAGAUUAUGAUUCUUUAGCCCUUUGUGAUCCAAUGCAAAGGAUAAACUGUGAAGUUGACAGCUUACCUGAGAGCUGUUUUGACAGUGGUUUGUCUACUCUGAGAGAUUCAAAUGAGUAUGAUUCAGAAGUGGAAUAUAGGCAUCAGAGGAUUUUUCAAAGGUCACAGUGUAUGCAAGAAGGCUUUGGUGGUGAUGCUUCUGAUACAGAUGUUCCAGAGAUCAGGGAUGAAGAAGCAUACAGUCCUGCUAACAGCCCUGCAGUUUUAGACUGGAAACCCUCACGACCAGUUAGUCGAAGCAGCUCAGUUGCUUCAACAAGGAGACACAUAUCUGCUCUCACCCCUCAGUCAGAUGCAACUGAAUUCGCUCCAAAAUACACCAGUUCAGAGAAGGCUUACAAGAUUGUUCUUGCUGGAGAUGCAGCAGUGGGAAAAUCCAGUUUUCUUAUGAGACUUUGCAAGAAUGAAUUUCGAGGCAAUACCAGUGCGACUCUGGGUGUGGAUUUUCAAAUGAAAAGACUAAUUGUUGAUGGAGAACCUACAGUGCUACAACUGUGGGACACAGCUGGGCAGGAGAGAUUUCGAAGUAUUGCUAAAUCAUACUUCAGAAGAGCAGAUGGUGUCUUACUACUAUAUGAUGUAACAUGUGAAAAAAGCUUUAUUAAUGUGAGAGAAUGGGUGGAUAUGAUUGAGGAUGCAACUCACGAGAAUAUUCCAAUUAUGAUGGUUGGAAACAAGGCAGAUCUCCGUCAAGAUGUUACAGAACAAGGGCAGAAGUGUGUGCCUAUAAACUAUGGAGAAAAGCUGGCUAUGACUUAUAAUGCGCUAUUCUGUGAAACAAGUGCUAAAGAUGGAUCUAAUAUUGUAGAAGCAGUUCUUCAUCUUGCCCGCGAGGUGCGAAAGCGAAGUGAUAAUCAAGAUGAUACAAGAUCAGUAACCAGCCUGGCUGGGACACCUGUCAAAAAGUCGGCACUCAUGAAAAACUGUUGUAAUGUUUAAAUGACAGAUAAUUUUCCUUAACUAAAUAACUUGCAUAUUUAAAAAAACCCAAGCCAACAACCAAACCAAAAUACUUCAGUAGUGUUUUCUUUUUAUGGAUUUAUAAAUUUGUAUAUUUAGAAGCUACACAUAAUGUUCAAAAUCCAGACUCUACUUUCUACUCAUUCAAAUUUGUGAAAUUACUUCACCCCAUAGACUCUGGUUUCACUUUUCUUAAGUAAUAUAAUUCAGUGCAAUGAGCUCAGAAUCAGUGCUACAGUAGCCACUGCGUACAAUAUUGUAAUAUAUAUUAUUGUCUCUACCUGCAUGUUUCUUUAUGGCCUCAGUAUUUCUUAUAUACAGAAUUUUGUAAUAUCCAAUAUCACUCACAGGUAAACAAAAAAUUACAGCUACAGUUAGUUUAAUCUCUUUUUGAUCAUGUCUGCUUAUCUAGUUUUUGACAGUCCUAAGUAUAUGUUGAUUAAACUUCUCUUAAGAAAACUCCAAGCCAUUGCAUGUUGCCUAGGUCCAAGUAAUUCCUUCUUUAGGGGAACCAGCAUGGUCUUUGUCAGAAGACAAUGGUAGGUGCAUAUGGUGUUCUGUUGUAGUUCCUCAAAAGUUGGCUAGUUAGAAUGUAUUUCAUUUUGAGUGUUGGGGUUUGACUAAGAACUGAGAAGUAAACUUUACAUCUGAUCCUACACAGCUCAGAUUGAAAGAAACAUUUGUCUGGACAGUUCAAAAUUCCAGAGAGAAUGUAACAUCUGUGAUAUGUAGGAUUGCUGAAAUGACUCAUGAUCCAAUAUCUAUGUGCCUGUUUAGAAUAGAUCAUUAUUGUUACUACAGAGCUAUACGAGUUGUACUGUCUCCCUUGUUUUUAAAAAGAUCUUCUAUUCAAUCAGUAAUUGAAGGAUUGUAAUAGUACAUAGGAGUCAGAUUUAAUAGAUAUUUUAAUGCAUUUUUUGUAAGUUUUAAAUCAGCCAGGUGAAAGAAUUACUGCACAUGCACAAGCAUUUGUAUAAAUUUUUUAUUAAAAGAGAACCCUGGAAUGAACAGCAAUCACCUUAAUAAGAAUUUCUUUAUCUGAUUUUAGAAAAAUUAUGAGAAACUUUCAAGGGGGUGGUAGCUUUAGGUGUCAGGAUCUCUAAACACUGAGUUAUUAUUGCUUAAAAUAGUUCCCAAGAGUUCCAUAGUGUAGUAAAAAAUUUUGGGCAUUUAUACAGUUAGCAGUCAAAACAACUUUCACAGAUUUUGAUCAAAAUAGGAUAGGACAUUUUCAGAGCCAGCAAACUGUUGUCUCCUCUGUUUCCUUUAAUAAAACAUCUCCAGGCUGAAACCUAGUUCAGUAAAUGAAACUCAAAGUUUUAUCAAUUUAUGGAAAACCCAUAUGCAUAGCAGCUGUUUGCUGCAUUUUAUCACCACUAUGUGUAAACAGCCUGUACUGUGUCAUCUCUUGUAUAAAAUACGGGGUCUGAGAAACGGGAUGGUUGAUAAUUUACGAAAAAGAAAAAAGGUUUGAACUAGGAAAAGUGUUGGUUUUAGGCAUCCUUUCAAACUUGUAAUCAGAGCAGCUAAUCCGUGGGUAAUUAUCAGAAAAAAAUUUCACAAGAGAGAGAAAUCUAAUGCCAGAAUGAAUAAAACAUUUGAUUUCACUGUAUAAUCAAUACAUUAUACAUUAUACUAUUAUGAUCAUACAAUAUAAUGUAUGAUCAUAAUAGUUCAGAUAGUUAGCCCUAGAAGACAAAACAUGUUUGAUGAGGUUUUUUUGAAGUACUAAGAAACUUCAUUACCUACCUAAUUCCAUGCAGGAGAUUUCAGGGUUGUGGCAUCUUCCCACACAGCAGCACAGGAGGCCUCACUGUAGUUCUGAGACUUAUCUGAAGCAGAUAGCAGGGAAUGCAGGACACUCAGGUGUAUUAGGAAUAUCCCUAAUGACAUACAUAUUGUUUGCUGUUAAUCCUGUAUUAUUAAAAAAAAAUUUAAAAAAAAAAAAUACAGCUUCAGUUAGCUUCUUUGAGGAGAAAAGCCAAAUUUAACCUACUGCAUUGAUGAGAUGUUGACUACGAAUUUAUAACAGUUUUCCCACAUUAUAUCAUGUGCUGCUAAUAACAAGAAUUUCUCUAUAAACUUGGUGACUUCCCUUUCCUUAUCUGUAGAUCUCCCUUGGCCUUCUCUCCACCAGUGUAACUACAUCAGGAGUAUCUCUUGCAAAGGAUCUCUGGGUUCCACAUCCCAGAAUUAGCGGAAUGUGUGCAUGUGUAGUAAUUGCUUUCGUAUCUACUAUUUUUAUCAUGCAGAUGGUGCCAGGUGAAUAUAUAUGUUUGUAGAGAGGCUGGUUGAAGAAUGUGAGUUCAGGGACCUGCCUUCACACCAGUUUUUCCUUGUCUCCAGGCCACUGAUGUUUUGGGUACUUUUGUUUUUCAUUUAUUUUGAUAAACAAAAUCUAUCCUAUGUUAUUUAGCCAAAUUAUGUAGCCUAAAUCCAUUUAUUAAGUUCUGUAAAUUUUUUGUGUCAUGUAAAGCAACUUUAAUUAGAAGCAGUGUUGUUUCCUAAAUAAGAUGCAGGUUGAAGGUUGUUAGCUGUUAACAAAGUUUUACCUUGGGGUAAAUUUAUGAUCAAUGUCUAGAUGACAGAAAAAGCACUGUUAAAUGGGGAUAUAGCUGUAGCUCAGUUGGAGCUCAUCUUAGAAAUUCUGUGAUGGUCAGCUUCAUCAUGUCUUGUACUCUCACAAAAUACCAUGUUGAAUUAAUGUUAAAGCAAAAGAACUUGGAAAAAUAUUUAAAUCUAGAAAUUAAAGCAUGUAUUUAUACAUGGAAAUAAUGAAUGCAUAAAUUUUCCUGUUGUUUUACUUUAAAAGGUUACCUUGUCUUCAGCCUAAGAGGUAAAAUGGCAAACAUCAGUUUUAUGCUCUGACAUGGUUGCACUAUUGUCCUUUGAAUGUUUUUAUGGUUUUGUUUAGUAUAUAAGAGCUAUUCAUUUAAUCGCACAAAUUUAUUUUUUUAGUAAGUGGAAGUGUUCCCUUAAUACAUGUAUUUAUUUGAAAAGGAAAGGUCUUUUAUGUUUUUCCUCAUGAUCUGUAAAUAAACUAUUUUUAUUCAGUUGAUAUGGAAACCUUAUUUUAUCCUGUAUUUUUGACCCUUUUUAAUUGUAAUUUAUUACACAUUUCUAAGGCAAUAAUUUCUGUGACACACGCCAAAAAUGUUUUGAUCACGUAAAUUCUUGAAACCACUUUGUGCCUGUUUAGCAUAUAUUAGUGGCUUCAUUAGACAAACUGCAGUUUCUAAGUUCUGUUAUGGCCUUACAUGGCUUAAGUAUUUUUCUAUGUAACUACUUUUGCAUUGAUUAGAAAAUCCUCUGUUAGGAAAAGAAAAGUUACAGUUAUAAAUCUGUAUAAGAUGCUAAAAUGUAGUUUAAGGAAAAUACCUAUAGGUCAGUCCUGCAAGGAACAUCAUUUAGCUCUGCAUACAUGCAGAUCUCCAAAUAAAGUAAUGGCUUCUGUGCUAGUGCAUGCAAUCCACAUAUAUAUAUCCUUUUAAGGAGAUUUUCUUAUUUUUCCCCUAUCCACUGCUAUAUGGCAAUGGUAGGGUAUCAUUUUAGGUAAAAAUACUGCAGUCAGUGAUCCCCAGUUCAUAAACCAAAGGGAGAAAUAAAUUCAUGCAGUGAUGGUACUUCAUUAAAUUAUAAAGAAACAUAUUUUCAAGGUGUUUCUAGCUGUGUUAGGUAAUUAUAAAAAUGGACCAAUCUCUCAUGUAAACUUCCAAUGGUCUUUACCACUACCUCUGCCAGACUUGAUAUAUCAUGCAAUUCUCUCUAACCCUGUCCUAGGCUACUUAUGGAUUCAGGAAGGUUUUUAGAGUACCAAUUAUUUUAUUAUUUAUCUUCCACUUCCAUGGUAUUACUGUCAGUCCUAAUCCUUUCUUAUUGGUCUCCUUAGGACUAGUAAUAUCAAUAUUUGUAAUUACUAAUUUUUUUAAACUGUCUCUUAUUUUGAAAAAAACUUCCUGUUAAAGAAAAUAUGAUUCAAUAUAUAAAGUGUUACUGAAUUUAUACAAAUAAGUUCUUUCUCUACAAUUCUGCUCCUUGAGUUACGGCCUCAGAUAGCUGGACUAAUAGGAAAUUAGUCAUUAAUUGGUUGAGUAACAAAUAAAACCAAGCUAUGGAGUUUUCCCACUGAAUAUAAAAGGAAGUAUGUGAAAUAUAAGUGUAUUUUCAUAGUAGUAUGAGUAAGAACUUGUGCCCAUUGUAUAUUCAUCUUUCAAUGAAAGUCUGUAUAUUCUAUAAAUAAGGUUCUAAAUUGUGAAAAGUUUUUUAAAAUUUUACACCGUUUACUGGUAAAACUGGAUUGAGUGCAGCUUGUUCCUUCUUAAAACAAAUGAUCACUUCAUUUACUGUAAGUUUGUAUAUAUAUGUUUAAAACUGACACCUUUCCUGUAUUACAAAUUACUGUAUAAUAAAAUAAGCCUCAAUAGCCA